CACUUUCGUCCGGUUCUCUAGGGUUUGUCUUCCACUUGGUUGCUGCUUCCCCGGGAGCAUCAUCAUUGGUCCAAACACGAACACAAAUUCCUCUCUCUGGCAUUCUUGGCUGCUGGAGGACACACACACACACAGAAAGAGAGAGAGUAACCUCAAAUUACUCUUUGAGUAGUUGUUGAAACUCUGUCCACUCUGAGGGCAGGAGGUGUCUGUGCAGAACUCUGGACUCUACACUGAGGACAUGGGAGUCACUUAUGGAAAGAAGAAAGAUCUUCAACAUUUUCCAGCCUCUGUGAUGCAGACACACCAAAAUGAACAACAGGAGCGACGCCCAGAGCUUCAGGCCUUCCAACCCCAGCUGCAGAGCGAGGAGGAGAGCGGUAACCUCAUCAGACCCAAAAAACCCCUCAAUCCUUUAACUGCCUCCAAGAGCCACCAGGAGCUUCACAAAGAGCUGCGGAUGACCCACAAUAGGAGAGUGUCUCAAGAAGGGAAGACCGAGCUCCAGCGAGUUCUAGAGAAGAGGAGAUGGGACCAAAAGAAGAAGGCGAGCAAGGAUCAGGAGGAGGUGAAGAAGAGCAGAUCACCACUUCAUCAAGAGCUGCUGAAAAGACAUCAUAGGCUAGAAAAACUGGAGAGAGAGGAGAAAGGGCAGCAGCGAGAGGAGCCAGAGUUCCUGAGAGUCAAAGAGAGGCUGAGGAGGACAGGCUCGCUGGAUGCCGGAGAAAAAGAACUGUGACAUUUAUGAUUCAUGACUGCACAUGCAUGUUUUCUGUUGACAGUCAGCACGAUGCACUGGUGGGAGUAAGUGGUGGAGACAUGAAGGAAGGAUCUUCACUGUCCAUUGUUAGAAAUCUGCACAAUAAAUAGAUAAAACUACACAGUAUUUAUGAUCAGAUCAGGCAGAGAGAUAUAUCUGGCAGCAAAUAGUCCCAGUGAUGAUUAGCUGACCAAAGGUGCAAGAAAUACUGAAGGAGAGUCAGAUAUUCUGUUGUAAUACUUUGCUUUAAUAAUUCAGAAAUCAAAGUGAGCACAGAUGAAUAAGAAACUACCUGAAAGCAGGAUGUGUCAAAUGCUAUAUACAUGCUCUGUGUUUCCAUAUUAUCAUUAUAAUCAAGUGAUUUUCUGCACAGUUCUACAGUUAGUUUUUUUUGGGUAACCAGGUCUCUUUUUUCUUACAGCUAAAUUAGGUCUCGUCUGUAACACUGGGAGGUGUGAUAUCAUCAAUACACUAAUCAAACAAUCA